AUGGCUGAAAACGAUACAUAUCAGACUCCGCUGGCUUCGCGGUAUGCAAGCAACGAGAUGAAGACAAUCUUCUCCGCCCGAACUCGAUCGACGACAUGGCGGAAACUGUGGAUUUGGCUGGCAGAAGCUGAGAAAGAAUUGGGAAUUGAAAUCUCAGACGAAGCUAUUGCUCAGAUGAAGGCAAAUGUGCUGAUGACGGACAAUUGCUUCAAGGUCGCAGCGGAGGAAGAAAAGCGACGUAGGCAUGACGUUAUGGCCCAUGUAUACGCAUUUGGUCAAGUCGCCCCAGCCGCUCAAGGAAUCAUUCAUCUUGGUGCUACCUCUUGUUACUGCACAGACAACAGUGAUCUGAUCAGCAUUCGUGAUGCUCUUGAUCUUGUCCGUCCCAAACUUGCAACUGUGAUCCACAAGCUGUCUCAAUUCGCCGUGGAAUACAAGGAUAUGCCCACCCUUGGCUACACUCAUUACCAACCUGCUCAGCUCAUCACUGUCGGACGCCGUGCUGCUCAGUGGGUGCAAGAUCUCCUCAUGGAUCUUGAAGAUAUUGAACGCGCACGCAACGAUCUCCGUUUCCGGGGAGCUCAGGGAACUACUGGAACCCAAGCCAGUUUUAUGGAACUUUUCAACAACGACAGGGCCAAAGUCGACAAACUCAACGAAAUUAUUUGCACCAAAGCUGGAUUCCCCUCCUGCUACCCGAUUUCGACCCAAACUUAUUCCCGCAAGGUUGAUUUGCGCGUGGCCAAUGCGAUCUCUGCAUUGGGCACUACAGUUCAAAGAAUCACAGGUGAUAUCAGACAUCUUGCAGCCCAGAAAGAAAUGGAAGAGCCAUUUGAGAAAGAUCAAAUUGGGUCGUCAGCCAUGGCGUAUAAACGGAAUCCUAUGCGCAGUGAACGUAUUGCUAGUCUGGGACGGCACUUGGCUAACUUAAAUAAAAACGCUGCGGAUACAUUUGCGCAACAGUGGUUCGAGCGCACACUUGAUGACAGCGCGAUUCGUCGUAUCACCAUCCCAGAGAUGUUCCUAAGUGCGGACGCGAUCCUCAUAGCAAUGGACAAUGUGGUGUCAGGGCUUGUUGUUUAUCCAGCCAGAAUACAACUCCCUUUUAUGGCGACCGAAAAUAUCAUGAUGAAGAUGGUGUCUCUAGGAAAGUCGCGACAGGACGCCCAUGAGGAAAUCAGGGUAUUGUCUCAUCAGGCAAGCGACGUGGUCAAGAACCAGGGUGGAAAAAAUGACUUGAUUGAAAGGAUGAAGAAAUCGAAAUUCCUGGCCCCAGUAGCCGGGGAUCUCGACCAGUUGCUAGAUCCAAUGAACUUCAUUGGAAGGUGCCCCGAGCAAGUUGAAAAAUUCUGUGGACCAAAUGGAGAAGUUCAACAGGCACUGAAGCCUUAUAAGCAUUUCAUUCACUUAAGUAAAGUAUCUGAGCUUUUUGUUUAA